UUUUUUCGUCGUUUCUGCAGGUAUUUAACAGAUGGUAUGCUUUUGAGAGAGGCAAUGACGGAUCCUCUUUUGGAACGAUACAAAGUAAUUAUUCUUGAUGAGGCACAUGAAAGGACUUUGGCUACAGAUGUGUUAUUUGGCCUUCUUAAGGAAGUUCUUAAAAACAGACCUGACUUGAAGUUGGUUGUUAUGAGUGCUACACUUGAAGCUGAAAAGUUUCAGGGAUAUUUUUUUGGAGCCCCUCUAAUGAAAGUUCCUGGAAGGCUACAUCCAGUUGAAAUUUUUUAUACUCAAGAACCAUUUUUUUUUUCAUUUUUUACACUCGUCAAAACUGCGAAAACAAUUGCUUCUCCAGGGCGUGGUAUUUUGGCCAUGGAUGAAUCCAAUGCUACAUGUGGAAAGCGGUUGGAUUCAAUUGAACUAGAGAACACCGAAACUAACCGUCAAGCAUGACGUAAAAUUAUAUAUGAAGAAAGUGUUAUGACUUAGUUAAAAUAUAAUUUUUAUGUGUAUGAUUUUAUAAUACUUGAAAUAUUAUGACUUUACAUGAUUUUGUAUAUUUUUUUGGUUAAUAUGAAAAAUAUUUUGACUUAGUUAAAAUAUGAUUUUUAUGUGUAUAAUUUUUAUAGUAUUUGCAAUAUUACGACUGAAAAUGAAAUAUAACUAAAUGGUGUAUAUGAAAUAGGGUGUAAAUAGAUAUAAUUGUUCAUUCAUAAAUGGCGUA